UAGUAUCCAGGCUGUGAUCUGACCGAGAGGGAGACUGUCCAGGGCUUGGGAAUUUGGCCGGCCGUAUCUGAGCUGUUUGCGGUGGCAUCUUUACCAGCAGAGCUGUGUGGAAACAUUUAACUGUGAUCUGACUGGGAGCUACUGUUUGGGGCUUGGGAAUUCAGCCAUCUAUAUCUGCUGCAUCCUACCAGAGCUGUGUGGAAACAUUUAACUGUGAUCUGACGGAGAGGGACUGUUUGGGUCUUGGGAAUUCGGCCAGCCAUAUCUGCUAAGUCUGUGGCAUCUUACCGGACCUUUCUAGAAGAAUUUAACUGUGAUCUGACCGAGUGGGACUGUUUGGGACUUGGGAAUUUGGCCAGCCGUAUCUGCUUAGUCAGCUGUGGCACCUUAACCAGAGCUGUCGUGAAAGCUGAAAAGGAGCUACAGCCAGCUGUAUCAUCUACUAGUGUCUGCUGCAUUUUACUACCAGAUCUGUGUGGAAACAUUUAACUAAGAUGGAAUUAACGGGAGUGUUUCUGGCCGUGUUGGCAUUCAGCAGCCUGCUUGCUGUUGUAGCCAGUGCAGACGCGUGCCCUGAUAUGUGUGUAUGCGAAAGCAGCGACGACGAGAACAGCGUGAAUUGCGCCAACAGGGGGCUGGACCAGGUGCCCCAGGAUAUGCCCUACAUCUCCACAACAAUCAGUCUGAACGACAAUCAGAUCAAGGCCAUCAAGGAGGACCAGUUUGUGAACCUGAAGUCUUUGAAAGUGCUGCACAUUUAUGCCAACAGGCUAACGGAUCUCCAUCCGAAGGCUUUCAACGGUUUAACCAGGCUGACACGACUGAUUCUCUCGCAGAACCAGCUAAAAGAGCUACCUUUGGGCCUGUUUCUGGGCUUGGAGAACCUCAAAUGGCUGGAUUUAAGCAUCAACAAGCUGCAAACUCUUCCUGCUAUGAUCUUCAAGGACCUUUUCUAUCUGGAGUACCUGGAGAUUUGGGGCAACCAGUUGAACUACUUACCCGAGGAGACCUUUAAGGGUUUGGAGAACCUCGGUUUGCUGAUGAUCGGGCAGAAUAACUUCACGCGGGUUCCCAGCCUGGCGUUCCGCUACCUCCCGAGUUUGUCCACGCUGAAAAUGGACGGGCUUCUGCUAGACAGGCUGGGAAACGAUGCUUUCCAGUACGUGACGAUUCUGCGGGAACUGUACCUCGGAGGCAACCAGAUCGCGACGAUCGGGAACGACACUUUCCGCAACCUGCUCAAACUCGAGUCUCUGGACCUCUCGAAUAACCAGCUGCAGACGCUCACGUUAACGGAGAGCGCGCUGCCGAAUCUCCAGAUCUUCGACUUGCACGACAACCCCUGGAUGUGCGACUGCAGACUGUUGUGGCUGCCGGGGUGGCUGAAGAAGCGUAACCUCGCCGACAACGUCGUGACGUGCAGCCAGCCCAAGUCGCUGCAGGGUAGGAGGUUAAACAACGUCGCCCUCGAGGUUUUGACCUGCCCCCCUCCGGUUAUCAUUGAACCCACAAACAAGAAAAACGUGAAGGAGGGGGCGUCCGUUGCCCUACCGUGCGAAGCUAAGGGAGAUCCACCACCUACCAUAAGGUGGAUUACCCCAAAUGGAAAGGAUGUCACGUCUUCUAACAACGACCGCAUGGUGGUCUUGGAUAACGGUACGUUGUUUAUCUCCAAGGCGACGUUAGACGACAGGGGAGACUUCACCUGCAUUGCGGAGAAUGUGAACGGUCAGCACGACAAAGCUACGACCAAACUAUGGGUAAAAAGUAAAGGUUUCUUGUGGGGGCAUGAAACCAGGGAGAGCACCCCGAAAAAAGGAGAGACGACGUCCUCGCGGUUCCUCUGGACGAAUGUGGGCAUCGGGAUUGGUUCGAUCGUGUUGUGCGUGGUGUUACUGGUCGUGUGGAAGGUGAUGAAGAAGAGGAAAACCCACAGGGACCGGAACGUUGACGCGAAACCCAUGACGAUGCGAAACGUGACGACGGUCUCCGGCGUCAGCGAGGUCGGAUCGCAGUAUGUCAACCUGCCCGUCGGAUCCGGGAUGGUCACCAUCGACAGGGCGGGGACGCUCGACAGGAAUCACCGCAACAUCAUCGACGGUACCAUCGACAUCACGCAAGACGAGAAACCGCCGUACACCAUCACGAAUGCAGACGGGAUGGGCCUAAACCACACCACCAUGAACACCUUCUCAAUGCCAGACAUUCACCAGCACAAUAACGAAAGAAUAAACUCGAGUCGAAGUUUAACUACCUUUUCCACCUUUGAUAACGCGGAGUCAGGAAGUAUGGUGGCGACAGUAUGAUACUGUCCUUUGUAACAAAAAACAGAUGAAGAAAAAAUGGCUAUUUUGUUUUACCGACGUUUCGUGUGCAUGUGUGAAAUAAGAGCUGUAGAUAUUGAGCUUUCUGAUUGGAAUAAUAUUGUUAAUUAUACCCAGUUUUUAUACACUAUGGUGAUGACGACUUUAUCAUAGGAAAGAUGAGGGGAAACUUUUACGGUGGAAAAUUCUACUGUCAGGGUUUACGUUUCCCUCAUCAAGCGACUCUUUUUACAAAAGAGUUGUCGAUCUCUAUUUGACUGUGCAGAAGGCCACAAAGUCAAUUUACGAUUUGGCUCUGAGAGACCCAAAGUCUUGCAAAGAUGUCAGAAAAAAGUCUUAUAGCAAAAAAUCUUUUUUUUUUUCUUCUAAAAAACAAGAGGACAUAAAGGUUGACAGAAACUGAUUAUCACACUGAAUUUUUUCAAUGAUCAGUAGCAGGGUAUGUACAACACUGUUAUUGCCGAUAACUGCUUUGUACAAUGUUACUCAACAAUUGAAAUUCGGAUGCACUAAAUUGAAGUUAAAGGAUAACAUAGUCAAAGGUUUACUGUUAUAAUGCGACCAAAUAUUUUGAGUUUGCCACCUGAAAGUUUAGGCUCUCUAUUAUCAUUUUAAAAGUUGGCCACUGUGAUGCUUUGUCCAAAGAAUGACCAGUUUCACUGCCAAAAAUUGCAAAUGCAUUAAAAGGAAUAAUUACAUUGUAAAUCAGAGUACAGAAGCCUGCUUUUGUUAUGAUGAAAUUGACAUUUUUUGUCACAGUGGUUAUUAAGAAAAAUGUCACUUAAUUUGAAUUUGUGACACAGUACAAUGGGUAUGGAGGUAAACUCAAUAAGUGCUAAUGUCUUCUAAAACUUUUGUAUUGUUGGGAAAUAGAAUUUGGAACUUUUGGGGUUUUCUCUCUUUUUCUUUGUGCACAGAGGGAGGAACAGACAAUCAUAUGUUGGGUACAGAAAAGACGAUGUAUGUAAAAAAAAACAGAUCACUGCUCGGAACUUUUUUAUGGUCUUUGAUGCGUCCAUUUUUGUAGAACAUGUCCUUGUGUGACCUUGCCAACCAAUAUGGAGGACUAACUUGUGCCAGGAGAGGUCAGAGGUCAUAAUGGAAGUCAGAGAACGUUUUACACCAUCAGCAUUUUGUAUGUAGUUAAAUGUCAUCAAGAAAUUCUUCCUUGAGAUAUUCUUGGAGAAAAGUUGGCCUCUUAUUUGUUAAGUCAUAAGACAAGAGAGCAAGCAAGAUGAAGGUUCAAGUCUUGGGAUGGUUCAAAGAAUUUUGAUAAGAAAUGGCUUACCUGGUGGCCCUGUAUGUAAUGUGGUCGAAUUCCUUAAAAGAAAAGAAAAAUACACACUCAUGUGACAUAAGA